AUGAUUGCUCAUAUUCUGCAAGUUGCUGCCCUAGCAGCAGCGUGCUCCGCUCUGCGCCCUACCCCCCAUCAGCGUCGCGACAAUAAUGGCUCCACCAUCGACAUCGACUGGGACAAUGUCCUAAUCGAAUCCCGCACCACGGCAACCCUUCAAUCUGUGGCGAACCCACAAUUACUCGCCAACAGCAGCACGCGCGUCAACGCACUAAACUCCCUCCGGACCGUAUCCAACAACUACGUCCGCUACGUUCCCUGGUUCCCCUAUCCGGAGCUAGCAGUAGUCGAGCUAGAACCACCCGUGAAGAACGGGACACAUUGCUCCACAAGCUGGAACUUUACCUACGCGGACCAGCUUCUCCUUGACUUCUUGCAUAGUACACCCAACGUGUCGCACAUUAUCAAUUUCAGCACCACCCCGGACUGGAUGUGGGUGAGCGAUGUGCCGUAUACGUAUCCGCACGACGUCGAUGCGAUCGACUGGAAUUAUAACAAUGGUACCAAGCUGCGUGAUCCCUCCGGCAAGGAAGUCGCAGAUUACUACCGCCGCUUGCUGUCGUGGUAUGUAAAGGGCGGGUUCAUGGAUGAAUGCGGCGUGUACCAUCACUCGGGCCACCAUCUGGACAUCGAGUACUGGGAAGUGCUGAACGAGUCUGAGGCCGAGCACGAGAUUGACAUCGGGUUAUAUAACACGCUGUACGACGUCAUCACAGAAGCGAUCCAUGAGGUCUCGCCGAGCACGCAGAUCGUCGGUUUGGCCAUGGCCUCCCGCAAUGCGACCCGUGUUGCGGGAUUUCUCAACCCGGAGAACCAUAAACCCGGCACACCGUUGGAUUGGAUCAGCUACCACUUCUACUCUACGCCAUCCAACUCCACGACGCAGCGUGAAGCGGCACAGAGCUUCCAGAUGGCGGAACAGUUGGUUGGCGAGGUAGAGGCGAUUGAGGCAGUACGCAAGCGGAUUUCCCCCAGGACAAAGACGACCAUGGAUGAGAUUGGGACGAUGGAUCCCAUGGGCUCGACUACGAUCUAUCCCGGGUAUACGAUUCCGGAGGAGUACUGGGUGUGGAGCGGCGGUGUGUAUGCGUACGUUUUUUCCCGGAUGGCGCUGCUGGGAAUUGAUGUUGUGGGUGAGAGCCAGCUGAGUGGGUAUCCGGGACAAUAUCCUUCUGUUUCGUUGAUUUAUUGGAAGACGGGGCUGCCUACAGCUCGGCUGAGAGUGCUGCAGCUGAUACAGCAUAGCCUAAAGCCUGGGGAUAAGCUUGUCAAGACGGGCAAUGACAAUGCCCAGCUGCAUGUGCAGGGCUUUGUGACUCCGGAGGGACAACAGAAGGUUCUGUUGAUCAAUAAGCAAGACAAGAAUGCCGUGGUGCAGGUGCCAGGCUUCCAGAAGGCGAAGGCUGAGACUGUUGACGUGAGUACUGGAGGUGGACCAUGGCGGACGGAGGAGGUGGAUGGCAGCAGUGUCAAGGUCCCUCCAUAUGCCGUUGUUAUCUUGUCCAAUCUGUGA